CGAUACUCCGUAUGUCCUGGUACCUGGAAUGUGAUUUCGUUUACCUGGUUGGUGGGUGAGCCUGGCCCGCCCUCUUUUGCCACCUUUAACCUUGUCAGAUUUACGUCACUUCCGUCGACCUGCCAUUUUAUGUGAGGCUCUCACAGCUUCCUCUUUAAAUCAAAUCGCAUGACAAUUAAAACAACUUUUAGGCUUAAUACACGACGAACGUGAGUUCCAACAUAAACUUUUAUCAGGUUUAGGUAAUAUUUAAACACAUAGACAACAAUGCCUCGGUUCUUCGGCGGCAAAAAGAACCAAAGUAAAAACGAGACCAUCACAAAUGAUACAAGUAAUCAGAAUGUGAAUGAUUCGCCCCACCCUAACGAUUCAACAAGCAACGAAGCCAAUGGUGGAGGAUCGAAGGUUGGACGACCAAAUUCCGAAAAUAUUCCUGCAGCCCAGGUACCUCGGCCAAAACUUGUAUUUCACUGUCAGCAAGCACAUGGGAGUCCAACGGGAAUUAUAUCAGGUUUUACAAAUGUCAAGGAACUGUAUCAGAAAAUCGCCGAUUGUUAUGACAUUCCAGUGUCAGAGGUGAGAGUUUCCAUUUAUUUUCAUUUUACUGGUAUAUUAAAACACUGUCAAUGCUACCUCUGGUAAUAUAAUUCAUCUUUAUAAGUUUGUACUUGUUUCUCUGACUGACUAAAAUUCACAAACAUAAUAGAAGCGAUGUGAAAUUUUUACAUUAGUUAUAAGCUUCUGUUAUCAAUUUCUAGGUCAUCACAUUGAAUCACGAUUCAAUGAUUAAUGAUUGAUAAUGUUGUUACUGGUCACUGGUACAAGUUACAUUAUCAUUAUUAUGUUGACAAUAACUUCAAUAAGACUAAUUUAAAUGAAAAUUUCAACUGAAUUUGACAUUUAUUCAGCUCACAAUUCAAUUUUUACACCCAGAGAUGGGACAAUAUAGAUUUUAUUUUUAAAAAUUCACUGUUUCAUUUUUUAAGUACUGUAACACUAACAUCGCAGUGACCACAUUGAUGAUUAAAAACAUUUAUUGAUGAUGAAAUAAUUACUUGAAUAAAAUCUUGGGUUCAUAGUCUUUGAUGAAAAAUAUUGCAGCCAAUUUUCAAUUUAAAAAAAAGCAUUUUAUAUUGCUGUAUACUGUAUCCAUUCUGGGUAAAAAUAGGAGAGACUGCGGCUUACCGAGACUGCAAUCAGGUUAGCAAAAUAGAAAAUGAGUAAAGCAAAGUUAAACCUGAAAAAAGUAACGCAACAAAACAACAAAAGGAAACCCUUUGUCAGCGAACAAAAUACAGAAAAACCAUAACAUUUUUUUAAAAAAUAGCACUUAGCCGAGAGGGCAGCAAAAGAAAAGACCAAUUUUUUUGCUGCCCUCUCGGAUACUACUUCUCAGCUAAGUGCUAUUAAAAAAAAAAAAUUAUGUUUUUUCUGUUGUUUGUUUGUUGACAAAGGAUUCCUGCUGGCACUUUUGUUGUUUUGUUGCGUCCCUUUUUUCAGGUUUAACCUUACUUUGUUUUACUAAUUUCCCAUUCUAACCAUUAAACAAAUUUCUAAUUUAUGUAAUGAUCAUGAAAUUCUUUUUAGUAGGUUAACUUUACUUAAAUACAUAAUUUCCUUCCAGAUUUUAUUUUGCACCCUCAACACACACAAGAUAGACAUGACUCGACUUUUGGGUGGCCAGAUAGGUUUGGAAGAUUUCAUUUUUGCUCAUGUCAAAGGUCAACCCAAGGAAGUGGAAGUAACAAAAUCAGAAGAUGCUCUUGGCCUAACUAUAACAGACAAUGGGGCAGGUUAUGCUUUUAUCAAACGCAUCAAGGAAGGGAGCAUAAUGGAUAAAGCAGCUUUUAUAGCUGUUGGAGAUCAUAUUGAAAAAAUUAAUGGAGAAAGUUUAGUUGGGUGUCGGCAUUUUGAAGUUGCGAAAAAGCUUAAAGAAAUUCCUAAAGGGUCAACAUUUACACUGCGGACGGUAGAGCCAUUAAAAUCAGGUUUUUGUAAGUAUUCAUUUAAUUUAAAUAUUACUCAUGUAGCCUAAUAAAAAAAAUAUUUACUCUUGAAUAUUUAUUUUGUCUAAAUCGAUUUGUAUAUGAACAUUUUUAUUUAAAAAUAAAGUUCAAAUGCUGAUGAAUUUAUUUGAAUCUGGAUUUAAAGAAAAAGACUAGUCUAUAAUAUAAUUAUGAUUUUCAUUUUAAAAAAUGUUGUUUUUGAUGGUAGUAAACUCUAAUAACGGAAUAAAAUAUAGCACAAUACUAAACAUAAUAGUUAAUGGAAAAAAAUGUAUGUCACUAAGAAAUUUAUUUAAAAUGGAAUUCCUGUUUUUAAAAAAGCUAACAUUAUUUUGUUAAGUUAAUGGUACCUAUAUUUUAUUUAGAAUUUUAUGUAUGACCUUUUAGAAAAUACAACAUAUAGUCAAAGUUAUGAUACUUUUAAAGUUGAAUAAUAGUCAUAGUCCUAAAACUAAUAAAAACGUUUCAAUUUCAAGGAUACCUGAGGCUUAUUUGACAUACUGUCACUGGUAGUAGUAUAUUUUCUUAGAUAAGUUCAACUAAGGUGUAUGCGCCCCUCCCAGACUUUUGUCAGCCACCCAAGUUAUGUCACUUAUUUACAUUACAUUUUCUACUUUUCAACUGAUUUUUCUCAUUAAAAAAGUCUAAUAUUUCUCAAAUAAUUCACCCAAUAAAAUAAUUUUCAUUGUGAAUGCUGCAUGAGUUUUUGGGCUUUUUUUUUAUCUACAGCAAAUAUUGGUCCUGCUGCAGGUAAAAAGGGUAGUGGAAAUCUAGGCUCUGGUAAACAGACCUUGAGAUUAAGAUCCACUGGCCCAGCAACUGUAGAAAUAGUGAGUAUCUUUUGUUUUCCAACUCUGUGAAUGAAAAUUAAAGUCUAGUUCAGUGGUUCUCAACCUUUCUAAUGCUGCGACCCUUUAAUACAGUUUCUCGUGUCGUGGCAACCCCCAGCCACACAAUUAUUUUUGUUGCUACUUCAUAGCUGUAAGGAUAUGUGUUUUCGGAUGGUCUUAGGCGACCCCUGGAAAAGGGUCCCGCGACCCCCAGAGGGGUCGCGACCCACAGGUUGAGAACCGCUGGUCUAGUUUAAAAAAAAAAAAAAAAUCUUUCAAGGAUGGAAGACACACAGAUACUUAGAUCACUGGGAAUUUUGAGCCAACACACACACACACAUUUUCCAUCUUCUCUACAACCAGUUUCUGCCAUUUUAAUAAUUCUAAAAAAUACAGCACAAUUGAGCCAUCAAUUCUCACACAAAUGAUCCAAGAAUUCUCAACAGAUAAGUAGUAAUAUACCGAAAGGAACGAAAUAUGUGAGAAUCUCUAGAAUGUUAUCAUACCAUUUUUUAUUGAGCUGUUAUUUUUUCAUCUUUAAUGUAGUGUUUACAUAUUGAUGCAUCAUACUUCCAUUUUGUCUCUGAACUGUGAUAACUUCCAACAGCUUGAAAUGUUAUACCCAAUAGGUCUGAGUAGGGUGCGGUUUUAUGUCUGGGUACCGGGUCUGUGUACUUUGAGAAUAUACCCUGCUGGUCCAAUUCCUAGUACCAGUAUCAUGAUUCAGGAAUUAGAUAAGAUUCUCCCUUUUUGUAGCAAAUUUUUCAGAAAUGUGUUUGAUGGUCAAGUAAAAUUAACAUUGCAGAUUAGGGUCAAAGUCUCAUAUUGCCAAUAAGAGGUCUUUUCCUUGGGACAGGUGCUAAAGUUGGGCUCUUUUACUUUUUUAUUUAAAUGAUUAAAUUAAUAUUUUAUUCCAUAUGCAAAGUUUUUAGCCUUCAGUUAUAAUGCUAGCAUUAGUAAACAGUGGUACAAAUGAUUUGCUAGUUAAGAAUUUUUAACACCAGCAUUAGUAAACAACAAUUCUGGAUUUUUGUUGUUGUUAAAUCAAUUAAUCUAGUUGAAUUUUUCAUAGCAAGAGUAAUUUAAAAUUGGUAUAUAUAAUACACCCUUAUGUAAUUAAACUACCAACCCUUUAAAUAAUUUUCUAUUUUCAGCCUGAUGAUGUUGUCAAUGUUGCUACAGAUAAAAUCAACAAUUUGCUGGAGUCAUUUAUGGGUAUCAAUGACACAGAAUUAGGUAAGCUUCAAUUCUAACUCAUUGAUUGCAUUUUUAAGAUACAAAACUGCAUUUUUUUUUGUUUCCCCAUGACUUAAUAAAAAAUAACUGUAGUUUUAUUGCUCAUUUGGUCUAUGCAUAAAUAGAGCACAAAAGUAUACCUUUGAAAGUACUGGUAGCAAAUAUUUAAUCUGAUUUAAGAAUCGGCUCAUUUGUUGAACAGUAUGCAACAAAUGACUGAAAACCAGUACUCUAUACAAAGAAAAACUAUACCAAUGCUAGUGAUAUAAAUAAUAUUUAAUUUAUUUAUACUAUUUAAUUUAUGUAACGAUUACACUAUGAAAUAGAGGGGAAUGAAAAGUAUAUUACCUUACAGCACAGCAAGUGAAAAAGUAUAAUGUUCGCAAGAUACAAAUAUUAAUAUACACACAAACACAAAGUACAAUUUAGUAAGUCUCCUAUAUUAUGUCUCGUAAAGUCUAGGAAUAUUAACAAAAAACUCCCCCAGUUGGGAAAAACUGCCUUCUUAAUUAUAGGGUGUAAGAAAAGAAAUUCUAGAAAGGCUGCGAAUAUUCGCACCCGGGUAUCAGAAGUGAGAGGUUGGGAUUAAAAAAAUAUUUAAAAUAUUAUUGUUGAAAAUGAGGUAAUAAAUGAAAGAUAAUUGAAUGGACUAUAUGUUUGUAAACUUACUUCUUCAGUUUACUAAAAUAAACUACCACAAAUGACAUCUGAAUAGGAUUUAGUCUAAAGGGACCAGGGUCCGAAUUACAGCUAUGGGUCUUUCAUUUGAUACCUCAUUUUGUCUUACAAUCCCAACAGUAAUAUUUUAAAUAGUUUUUUAAUCCCAACCUUUCACUUCUGAUACGCUGGUGUGAAUAGCCACUUCGUUCUAGAAAUUGUAUCUCUCUAUAGCAUUCUUUAGAAGAAAGAGAACUUAAACUUUUCCCAACUAAGGGAGGGUUGGAUAAAAGGAUUGGCACUUCACAUUUAAUCGAUGAUGUCAUUAUUAAACAAAAAGGGGAAGGGGAAGUAUGGCUGAAUACCACAGCAUUCAAAUAAAAACUAGGCCAACAUACAGGCUCUAAUAGAGUCCAUUAUAGUUUUUAUCCUAGGCUUAACCACACCAAAUCCUUCAUAGGGAAGACAAGGUUUUGCCAUUUUAAGACUAGAGUCUGUAAAUUAGAUCAUAGUAUAUUCUUUUGCAUGCUGAGAUCAGUUAAUGAUUUUGUAAAUGUGUGAGCUGUCUUCAAUAACACAAGCAUUAUUGCACACAUUCCAUAAUUCAUGAGGGGAUUGCGAGCUAGCUAUUAAAAAAUGUUUUUUUUUCUGUUCUACUAUAAUAAGCUUUACUGUACAUUGCAAGCAAUAUAAUUUGAAUGCUUUGCAUUUUCAGCCCAAACAAUAUGGGAAAUAGGAAGAAAAGCCAACAAUCCAAGUGACUUUGCAAUUGGAGUGGAUGAUUCAGAUCUUGGCAUGUUUGGAUUUACAGAUGAUUUUGUUUUUGAUCUAUGGGGAGCAAUUUCAGAUGCAAAGAGUGGGCGAUUAAAUCAGGUUGCGGCGGAUUUCAACGAGCAGUUUUAAUAUUUGGUACCUUUUCUUUAAAACUAUUCAUUUAGUGUACUCACUGUAAAAAAAAAAUAUGUCCCACCAAAUGUAAAAUUUUCUUGCAUCAACAUUAAGCAAAUAUGCAUUGUUUGUAUGGAAACCUUACUGAUCUAAUAUUUCUUUUAGUUUGAUGAAAAUAAUAUAAACUAUAGGUUUUUAAAACACUAUUUGUUCAUAAUAGAAGAACAUUAAUAGAAAGUGGGUUUAAAGUUUUGAAUCAUUGUCACAUUAGUUUUAUACUAUAUUUAGAUAAAGAAAAAUGUCCAUGACUUUGCAUCAUGUGUAUUUUGAUUGAACAGUUCUAAUUUCAAAGUUUCUUUUUAACAUACUGAAGGUAUAUAUUCAUAUUAAAUAUUUAUAAUAGAAUGUUAACUAUUUUCAAAUGAGAAUUAGGACAAUGUUAAUUAACAUAAAGCAUAUACAUCAAUGAUCUCCAAAAUGUUUGACCAAGAUUUUUAAAAUGUUUUAUAGCCAAAUUUCCUGUUUUAAAUAUUUUUUUACUCCACCUGUAAUCACUUAAGAUGGAGUAAUACAAGGGCUCUCAAACUUUGCCUGUGAUGUAAAAAAUCUUUUGGUUGUACUGUUUCAAGAUAUUUACAAAGGUUGUGAAAAUGCUGUAAUUGUUGCUAUAUGUAUACAUUCCCUUCUAUUUAUAACUUUGUAUUAUGUUUGAUGGCCUUAUAUUCUCUGUUAUUAUUUUGCUCACCUCACCCAAUAGACAAGAGUUGUUGACAUGCAGGGCAGUGCCUUCUUACAACCUGAUCAUUGUGAAGAACUGGGAACAUUUAAUUAUAAUGAACUGACUCCUUAGUGAACCAACAACAAAAUAUAGUUUAAUACUAAAUAGCAUCAAUUAUGUUGAAAAAAAAAGUACAUUUUGUAUUUAUGCAUGGAUUAAUUCUCAGCGUCAGGCUUGGUUAGUUUAAUUAAGAUCUUUUUAGGUAUGGGCUGACUUUCUUUCCUUUCAAAGAUCUGCGCUAGAAAAGUCUUACUUACCGUAACAUAUCUAAUUCUUCUAAGGACUGGUAAAAUGUGAUUUUAAUAUGUCUGUGCCAUUCGUAUGUGUAGAAAUACAAACAUUUUUGUGAAUGGCAUGUGAUGGGGUAUUACUGCCAUGAUUAAAAUAUAAGUCACAAAGAAGAGGUGAAUGAAUUCAUGCCAGACACACCAUGCCUUACUAGUGCAUCAAAAUAGUUUUUGAGAAAAAAAUAUGCAUUGAUAAAUAAUUGUCUUUCUUCACACUAUUUAAUUUUAGUCAAUUUAUUUUGUCUUAUUUGAAAAUCCUAUAAUUAUUAGAUAUCUGUUCUCAUAAUACUUAUUUUAAGUCCAAAAAAUGUUUUCUAAGAAAGUAGUUUCAUGUGUAAAUGUCAAGUGAUAAAGAUGCAUAUUUUUACAUUUACUGGUAUUACAAUUUGUUGUUUAAGUUUUAAGAAUAAUUGAUUCAAAUCUUUAUAUUUGUAGAAUGUGUUCUGCCUGUAUGAGUGUUUAAAGUAAGACUUGUGAUUUUUUUUUUCCAUCUGAGGUUAACAUGAGUUUUAAGUUAGUUGGUGUUAAAAAUAACAUGCAAACAUUGAGGAAGAUGCUGACAUGAUUAUAUUGAUAUAGUCCUUUUAAAAGGGUAUUGAUAGUAAUGGGUGCAAUUUGUUUUCAGUUCUGUAGUAAUUUCUUGUCAGCUGUACCAUAUUUGUUUACAGUAAUUCUAUUAGUCAUAUUUAACAUUGCAAGAGUUUAAAAUCAAUAUUUUGUUAAAACUAUAGUAUCAUAGUCAUGUAGGCUUAUUGUAAAAGACCAUAAUUGAUAUAUAAUUGUUCAAAGAACAUAAUUUGUGAAGUUUUUGUAGUUCAGACAAGUUUAUAUCACUGGGUUUAACAAAUAGCUUAUAACAAAGUUUUUCUUAUCCAUUACAGUAUGUUAAUUUGGAUUUGUACAAAAGAUAAAAAAAGUGAAAAUUUUCUUAUUGGUGAUAAUUUGUGGUCUGGCUGUACACUUUUAAAUACAUUCCAAUUUUUACUUGUUUCAUUAGAAAUGUUUAUUGUAUUUUUAGACCAAAAUAUAUUUAUAUAAAAAAAAUCUAUUUAAAAAGAAAAACACACAUUGACAUUUUGUUGUAAAGUAUGAAUAUACCUAUUGUACUUUAUGUUGUUAAGUGUUCCAUUCUCAUUGACAAAAUUUAAAAAAAAAACGUACUAUGGUAUUGUGACUCUACUUUUUUUUUUACAAGUGACAAUUUUCAAAAUUUAAAAAAAAGCGUACAACACUGUUAUUAGUAAUAAUUUCCUAUAAAAUCUAAAACUCAAUAAUAUUCAGUGUUGGCAGUAAAUACAAUAUUGUCACAUAUAGUGUCAACCCUCUACAUUUUUCUGUCUCAAUUAACAAUAUCUAUAGCUUGAUCUUGUUAAAUUUACAUGAGUUUUAUAAUGAAUGAAAAAACUUACUCACAAUCAAUGAGUAAAAAAAAAAAACAGUCAAGAACAUACAAAAUCACAGGCUGACUUGAAGGGAAAUCAGUAUUUUAAAGAAUGAAAUAAUUGUUCUGAUAAAAACUGACCAAAGCCUUGACCAAUACUUCAAUAUAGACAAUUGUACAAAGAAGGCUAAAGUUUAUCUUGCUUGAAUUUAUUAGUUAUUAGUUUGUUUCCCUUCACUUUUGAUGUCAGUCCGCAGUCAAACCACAGCUUUUUUUUAGUGCUAUCUUUUUGUCCCAUGAAAUGGCAUUAAGCUAUUUUUAUCCCAUAAAACUAGGUUUGCAGUAUUAUAAAUCCAGAACUAGCUUCAUUCCAGGUUUAAAUGAACAUGUCAUGAAGUAUGGGACAAGUUAUAUGCUUAUUGCUAUAUAAGAAGUUAGGAUGGUUUACCUGACUUGGCCAACUAAGCUGUGAAUAACAAUUAAUCACUUGUACCCUAUAGAUAAAGUGAAUAGCAUUGUCAUGUACUUUAAUUUACCUCAGAGAAGUGUUAACAGACGUAGAUAGUUUAAAUAAAUGAAAAAUCUGUUCCAGUCAAAAGAUUUUUCCAAACCCAUAGUUCCUUUUCCAUUUACUUGCUGAGUGGCACACUGAUACUUAAGAUAAUUGGUAAAAGAGGUCAUCAUGAGUGUAUUUUGAUGCUAAAUGAGGCAAUGCAAGCUUAAAACUCUGCAAGGAGAUUACUUCCACCCAUAUUCCCAGUCAAAUACUUGAAAUACAAUUCUGUGACCUUCCAUUCAGGCUUUCAUUGUGAUAUUUGAAAUGAUUUUUGUGUUCAAAUUAUUUUUAGACAAUUUCUUGUAUUUUAAUAGGUACAGUACAUAAUACACUGUCUUUAUGCACAUCAAAAUUACUUAUUAGCCUCUUGGAAUCCUAGUUGUUCUAAAAUUUAGGCUGGAAUGUAACAAUUCCCAGUUUAUUUGAACACUUCAACUGUGAAAUGUGGGGG